GACGAGGAUGCAGUGGGAUGGGGAUGCUGCAGAGGAGGCUGCACGGAGGCAUAAAAACAAACAGGAGGACAGCCUGUGUGGUCCAGGUCUCAAGAUGUAGGAGCUGCAUCAUCAGAGAAAGAGAGAGAGAGACAAUCAGAGUGUGUGUGUGAACACACCAUAACAUCUCUUGUGUUUCAAGGAUAUAGUGAAGGUGGAGAGGUGCAACCCAGAGAAGUCCUCCCUCCUCCUCCACCUCCAGGGAGGAUGAGAAAGUAGUCCUCUAUUCAGCAAAGGAGCGAGAGCGUCACCCCGAGGAUCAGAUGUUGUCCACAGCUCAGCAGAUGCUGCAGGAUAGCCGCUCCAAGAUCGAGCUGAUCCGACUGCAGAUUAUCAAAGUCACCCAGGCUGGCAGCAGCAGCAGCAGCAGCGGUGUUGGUGGAAGCUUUGGCGAGGAUGGAGACGAAAACCCUGACAGGUCCCCUCAUGGAGCGAUCUCUCCGGUCGCCGUCAGUGCUGUGGAUGUUCGUCUGGCAGAGCUGCAGCGCUACAUGCAGAGGGAGUCGGAUGUGUUGUCGCUGGCCAAAGAUGUGGUGAAGCAGCUGCAGGGAAUCUCAUCGCUGGACCAGAAGGCACUGGCUGAGGCUCAGGCCCGGGUGCAGGAGUCCUCCCAGAAGCUGGAUCUUCUGCGGCUGUCUCUGGAGAAAUGCACGAAGGAAAAGAACCAGGAGCCAGAAGAGGAGGUGGACCCCUCAGAGGGACCCCCGUCUCCACGAGACUCCGGACCUGGAUGUCCCCUGUCCACCUCGCCGUCCAUCUUCUCUAUCCGACCCGCCUCCUUGACGGGCAAACUUGAAGUCCGACUUCUUGGAUGUGAAGAUUUACUGAAACCUCGGACAAACCCGGAGCAGGAAAACCACCCGAGUCCCACUGAGGACAGUUCAGGAGCUCACAGGACGGACGGACUCUCUGCGGAGGUCAGCGCGGUGCUUCGGCUCGACAGCAGAGCGGUCGGCCGGACGCGCUGGUCCGCCGUCAGCAGGCUGACCUGGGAUCAGACGUUCUGCAUCCAGCUGGAGCGCUCUCGAGAGCUGGAGGUCGCUGUCUUCUGGAGGGACCGGAGGGCGAUGUGUGCGGUGAAGUGCCUGCGGCUGGAGGAGAUGAUGGACAACCAGAACCACAGCCAGGAGAUCAGUCUGGAGCCACAGGGCCUCCUGUACGCUGAGCUUCAAUUCAUCAACACUGAUGUUGAGCGGCAGCCGAAGCUGAGACGUCAGCGUUGUAUCUUCACUAAAGAGAGAGGGAAGAACUUCCUCAGAGCGGCCCAGAUGAACAUGAAUUUUGCCACGUGGGGCCACCUGAUGAUGAGCGUCCUCCCUCGCUACAGCUCCUUCACCACGUUCAGCUCGUCCCUCUCCACGACCCCCGACCUGGUGGCCGACAACACCCAACGUCCCACCGAGAGGGAGCCUGAACGCACCACUCCACUGCCAAGCGAAGCUCCAGAAACCCGACUCAGCAUCACUGAGGAUCAGUCGUCUCCCGACAGCCUCGAGGAAGACGACGCUCCCGUCAUCAUCACCACCGCAGCACACAAAACAUCAUCUGUGUCUGCAGCGCCAGAGAUACUGUCAUCCAUAAACACCACAGAAGGAAGUGAAGAUCAGCCUGUAUCUGCUCUAAAGAUGCAGAAGGAAGAUUUCAAGUACAUUUCGGUUCUGGGCCGAGGACACUUUGGAAAGGUCCUGCUGGCAGAGUUUAAGAAGACAGAAAAACUUUACGCCAUCAAAGCCUUGAAGAAGAGAGACAUUGUGACUCGCGAUGAAGUGGACAGCCUGAUGAGCGAGAAGAGGAUCUUCGAGAUGAUCAACGCAUCCAGACACCCGUUCCUGGUGAGUCUCCACGGCUGCUUCCAGACCAGCGACCACGUCUGCUUCGUCAUGGAGUAUUUACCAGGCGGCGACCUCAUGAUCCACAUCCACAACAACGUCUUCAGCGAGGCCCAGACCCGGUUUUAUUCAGCAUGUGUCCUGCUGGGUUUAGAGUUCCUGCAUCUGAAUAAAAUCAUCUAUCGAGAUCUGAAGCUGGACAACCUGUUAAUGGAUGCGGAUGGAUUCAUAAAAAUCACAGACUUUGGCCUUUGUAAAGAAGAGAUGGGUCACGGGGAUCGGACCGCAACCUUCUGUGGGACUCCUGAGUUUCUGGCUCCUGAGGUCUUGACGGACGACAACUACACCCGAGCGGUGGACUGGUGGGGGAUGGGCGUCCUCAUCUUCGAGAUGCUCGUAGGAGAGUCUCCGUUCCCCGGUGAGGAUGAGGAGGAGGUGUUCGACAGCAUCGUCAACGAUGACGUGCAGUAUCCAGGGUCUCUUCCUCCUGAUGUCGUCGGCAUCCUCCAGAAGCUGUUGAAGAAGAAUCCUCUGAAAAGACUCGGAGCCGGAGAGAGGGACGCGAUCGAGGUCAAAGGAGAGAAAUUCUUUGAGACCAUCGACUGGGAAGCCCUUCUGGCCAGGAAAGUGAAGCCGCCCUUCCUGCCGUCAAUCAAAGAGUCGAUGGACGUCGGCAACUUUGACAGCGAGUUCACUCAACUACAGCCGAUCAUGUCGCCUCCCUCCAAACCCUUCGUCCUCUCCGCCGAGCAGCAGGAAGCCUUCGCAGACUUCGACUUCUGCGCCUUGUACGGAUGAAGGACGAGCUGAAGAAGGACCAGGGUGGGAAAAUGUAGUUUGUAGCCGAGAAGUUUGUCUACUUCAGAGGACCAAAUAGCAUCUUUUACGUAUAUCGGAAAGUAAAAUAAUUCAAGUGCUAGCUCCUUUAAUUAGUUAUUUAUUUGAAUUAAAAGAUGAAAUGUUGAGCCGUUUAGCAAGAACAUUGACAAGACUCUUUAAAACUUGAGUCUUUAGCAUAUUGCCGUACUACAAUUACUAAGCAUUUGCUCAUUAGAACCACUAAUGUGACAUGAGUAAACUUCUUUACAACCUCACUUUAUGCUAACUUGUAUUGGCCGUCAUAACUUUUGAGUUUAUAGACUAAAUUGAUUCAUUAAAAAAAGGAUAGAUUAAAGGAACAUUACAACUUUUUAGGAAAUAGGCUUAUUAACUUUAUUCCCGAGAGUUAGAUGAGAAGAUUGAUACCGGUAAACACGAGGUUCCUGGUUAGCUUAGCUUAGCACAACCACUGGACCAAUUAGGGGGCCAAUUAGCUAGUCUAGCUAAGCCCCCGCUAGCUGUUUCCCCCCGUCUCCAGUCUUUGUGCUAAGCUAAGCUAAUCGACUGCUGGCAGUAGCUUCAAAUUUAUUGUACAGACAAGAGAGUGGUAUCGAUCUUAUCAUCUAAAAAAGAUAAAUCACAAAGUGUCAACUUACUCCAUUAGAACCAAAAUGAUUUGUUAGUUGGAGUCCUAGUUUUUUUGAAAUCAGAUUACAGGCGAGAAAGGGAGUUUUGAAAGCCAGAAAUGUGACCUCCUGGCCCAAUAAUCAUUAUCAUAAUAAUCAAGCAUUAAUUACUUUAAUGUUGUAGCUGUGAGCUCAUUUACGUCAGGGUAGAUUAAACUAUAAUAAUGCAUCAUAAUUUAUUAGUUGAUUCAUAUUCUGUAUUAUUAAUGUGAAUAUGCAAAGUAACUAAAGCUGUCAGACGAAUGCAGUAAGUGAAGUAGCAUGAAAUGGAAACACUCUAAAACGUAUACUAAAAUACAAUAUUUUAGUAAGAGAACUUAUUUCUUUCCACAACUAAAGGAGGUUUCCCACCCUGGUCUUCAAAGCACCACCAACUAAACAAACACUUUGAGUAUUUCUGCAGCUCAGCCAUUCUCAAACAGGACUCUACAUACGAUCCAAUGGCUGAUUCCGCUGACUGCUCUCACCGCCAGACGAUCGGCAGCUGAUUGACUAAACCAGGCAGCAUCUAUUUUUUUUGUUUUUGUUUUCAACAGAGCAAAAGAAAGUGAUUUUAACCAUUUAUAUUCUCUGUAGAGAGUCAAGCUUUGUUGUCGCUGUUCCAGCAGUAAUACAACUCACCUGUUCCUGCUAUUAAGAGUUUAUUUAAGAGAUCUGGUCAGGUGAAAUGUUGUACAAACAGAUACAGGAUGCUUGAAGAGUUUAUGUCAUUAUCACCACAUAUUUAUUACUCAUUAAUGUUUAAUUUCAAUACUCGGUACUGAAUAACUAAAUCUUGAAUUACAUUUCGUAAAGCUCUAACUAGGUAUUUAUUGUUAAGACUGUCAAGAGAUUUAUUCAUUUAUUCAUUUUUGAGGUUGAAGUUUAAGAAACAUCCUGUCUUUCAGUCAGUAUUGAUGAGCCUCUACAUGCAUACAGUGUUCCCGCGUUUGAUGUCAUAAUUUCCGUCACUUUUCCUCUUGCUUCACUACGUAACUUUUGCAACUUUUGCACCUGAUACACCCAGUAGUUUAGGCAGCUACUGCCUGGACUCUGUAGGAGUCUGUGAGAUGCCUUAUGUUCCCUUAUAAAUGUAUUAAAUUAUGA